AUGUCUGCCACCCCCAUCUAUCUCGGCGUCGUUGGCGUCGGCGGUGUUGGUACCGCAUUCCUCUCUCAGCUUGCUCGUCUCCCCAAUGCGCCUAAGCUCGUCCUUCUUGCCCGUUCCUCGCAGACCCUCCUCGCUCCGGCACCGGCCUACUCGCCGGCGAUCCCCGCGGCCGACUGGGCUACCGCGUCGGCGGCUCCCUCUUUGACCAAGGCUGGCGCUCUGCCCGCUGAGGAGAUUGCCUCAUACCUCGCUGCGGCUCCUGGACGUGCUAUCCUCGUCGACAACACCUCCGAUAUCAACCUGGCUCGCUCGUACCCCACAUUCUUGAAGAAGGGUGUCUCCGUCGUCACCCCCAACAAGAAGGGCUUCUCUGAUGACCUUUCCCUGUGGAAGGAUAUCUUCUCCUCCGCUGCUGAGGGUAAGGCCCUUGUUUACCACGAGAGCACUGUCGGCGCCGGCCUGCCCGUUCUGUCCACCCUUAAGGACUUGGUUGCUACCGGCGAUGAGGUGACCCGCAUUGAGGGUGUCUUCUCCGGAACUCUCUCUUUCCUCUUCAACACAUUUGCUCCCGCCUCAGGCUCCUCGAGCGCCCAGUGGAGCGCCGUCGUGGCUCAGGCCAAGGAGCUCGGCUACACCGAGCCUGAUCCCCGUGAUGACCUGAACGGCAUGGACGUUGCGCGCAAGCUCACCAUCCUCGCCCGCCUUGCCGGCCUCGAAGUCACCCGCCCUGACUCCUUCCCCAUUGAGUCCCUCAUUCCCACCGAGCUUGCCUCCCUGCCUUCCUCCGCGGACGGUAUCUCGCAGUUCAUGACCCGCCUGCCGGAGUUCGAUGCCCAGAUGGCGAACAUCAAGAACGCCGCCGAGAAGGAAGGCAAGGUCGUCCGUUACGUCGGUAGCAUCGACGUUGCCAACAAGGCCGUCAAGGUCGGUCUGCAGUACUUCGACAAGGACAGUGCCAUUGCUGGUCUGAAGGGCAGUGACAACAUCAUCAGCUUUUACACCAAGCGGUACGGCGCCAACCCUGUUAUUGUGCAGGGUGCUGGUGCUGGUGGUGAGGUUACUGCUAUGGGUGUGUCGACUGACCUGCUCAAGGUCAUGGAGCGUCUGCACUAA